UUUCUGACACGGGAUUUUCGGAAACUUCAAAAGAAAGAAAAAGUUGUUUUCUAGAACUUUGAGCCAUGAAGUGGAUUAUAUUGCUAGCAUUUUUUACGGCCUGCAUGGCUGUGGUGUCGUGUCGCGGAUUCAGCCGUAGAUCGGGCCGGUGUGAAUCUUCUGCUGAUUGUGCCGACGACGAGUGCUGCUUGGCGCGGACAAGUCUGCAAUUAAUUGGAAGGGGAAGAUGUAAAAGAUUGUCCUCAUUCGGCGAGCGCUGCACUCCCGAGGAUCUAGCUGUGGAAGAGUAUGGGGGGAAAUAUGUUCGAAGCUGCCCGUGCAGAUCAGGGUUGAGUUGCGAAAACGUCGGGCGAUUUAGACAGUCUUCUCUUUCGCAAAGAUGCGUUAGAAGCACCGUGAGCAGUACUUCAACAACUACUUCAAUAGCCAGCACUCCAACUACUACAACUACUCCGGCAAGUACGUCUACAACUAUCACAACGACAACAAGUGAAAAUCCUUCAUCAGUUACUGGGGGAUAAUUUGUUGGAAAAAAAUCAGUAAUGGAAGAAAUUAUACUAAAGUUUCAUUUUGCUGUUCUUUACUAACCAAAUGUCAGUUGAUUCUAAUUAUAGAAGACUAUUUCUGAGAAUAGAAAAUAUUUUGUAAUAAUAAAAUACUCAUUUAUUUUC